GCCACCGCCCCACUGGGCGACUUUGGGACCGCGGCGGUAUGGCCCGCUGUUUAUUCGCGCCCGGCAGCUAUCUGCGGUCUCAUGGGCUGAUGUCAGCCGGCGGGCCGCGGCCAACCGCGGACGGCGGGGCUGCACAGUCGGUCCGAGCCCCGCGCCCGGGCCUGCCGCGCCGCCGCCGUGUGACUUGAGCGUGCAUAUUGGUAUCCGGCCUGUCAGGAACUGAACGACGCUUGCUUUCCGUUGUUUGGUUAUGCAUAUUGCUGGGCUGAGUAUAAAGUUCAUUAAAAUCGUGCGAAAAUAACCAUUUACUCUGGUGACGUAUAUUUAAAGGCAGCAAGCUUCAGCAUCGUGAGAGGAGAAUUGCCUAACCUCGCUCGAUCGACCUGAUCUAACGAGACCUGACCUGACCUGACCUGAUCUAACGUGACCUGACCUGACCUGACCUGCUCUCUGCUCCGGACCGUCGCUCGGUGUCCCAAAAUGCCCAAGUUACAGUUGUUUGGCUGGUGCCUGUCGCCUCUGCUGCACAGUGUGCGCGACACGGCCCGGCACGUGUGGUCCUUUCGCAGUGUUUCGGUGACUAGUGCAGACGAGUGCGCUGAUACGCCAGCAGAGAGCCAUGAGGACUCGCGCUCGGUGGCUACCGGCGCCCCCGAGGUGCCCGAGUCGCGCACCGUCUACAUCAACAAGGAGCAGCCGCCCAACAAGUGCAUGUCCAACUCCAUCACCACGGCCAAGUACAGCGUGUUCUCCUUCCUGCCCAAGUUUCUGUUCGAGCAGUUCCGGCGCUACUCGAACAUCUUCUUCCUGUUCAUCGCGCUGCUGCAGCAAAUCCCGGACGUGUCUCCGACGGGAAAGUACACCACCCUGACGCCGCUGGUGUGCAUCCUCACCAUAUCGGCCGUCAAGGAGUUCAUAGAGGACUGGAAGCGGCACCGGGCCGACGACGAGAUCAACAGCCGGCAGGUGGAGGUGCUCGACCACCACAACUGGCAGUGGAAGCGCUGGUCAGACGUGGUGGUCGGCAACAUCUGCAAGGUGCGCAGCGACCAGUACUUCCCCGCCGACCUGGUGCUGCUCUCGUCCAGUGAGCCGCAGAGCAUCUGUUACAUCGAGACGGCCAACCUGGACGGCGAGACCAACCUGAAGAUCCGCCAGGGCCUUCCGCAGACGGCGCGCCUGCUCGACACGCGAGACCUCGACCAGCUCAGUGCCAGCGUGGAGUGCGAACUGCCCAACCGGGUGCUCUACGAGUUCGUCGGCACACUCAAGGAGACGGGCAAAACCGCGGUGCCUCUGGGUCCCGACCAGCUGCUGCUGCGCGGCGCCAAGCUGAAGAACACUACGUGGGUGUUUGGCGCCGCCGUCUACACGGGUCACGAGACCAAGCUGAUGAAGAACAGCUCGGCGGCGCCGCUGAAGCGCAGCACUAUGGACAAGGCGACCAACACGCAGAUCAUCUACCUGUUCGGCCUGCUGGUGGUGCUGUGUGUCAUCAGCGCUGUGGCCAGCGAGGUGUGGACCAAGGCGCACCAGGCCACCGACUGGUACCUGGGACUCGACGAAAUGUCUACGGUAAAUUUUGGAUACAACCUGCUGACGUUCAUUAUUCUAUACAAUAAUCUGAUUCCGAUAUCGUUACAAGUCACAGUCGAGAUCGCUAGGUUCAUUCAGGCGCUCUACAUCAACAUGGACCACGAGAUGUACCACGAGCCGACCGACACUCCGGCCAUGGCGCGCACAUCCAACCUCAACGAGGAGCUCGGGCAGGUCAAAUACGUGCUCACCGACAAAACAGGCACGCUCACACAGAACGUGAUGGAGUUCAAAAAGUGCACCAUCGCCGGCGUCAAGUUCAGCUCGCUGGAUGAGCUGCGGCAGGCGCUCCAGGACCGCGACCCGGACCUGAAGUCGCCGGACGCCGUGCAGGACUUCCUGAUGAUGAUGGCUGUGUGUCAUACGGUGAUUCCUGAGGAGCAGGAGCGCAGCACGGGAACCAUCGUCUACCACGCCGCCUCCCCAGAUGAGCGGGCGCUGGUGGAGGGCGCCCGCCGGCUGGGGUUCACGUUCACCACCCGCACGCCUCAGACGGUCUCAGUGGAGGCGUACGGCCAGCUGCUGCAAUUUGACGUGCUGAACGUCCUGGAGUUCACCAGCACUAGGAAGCGCAUGUCGGUGAUAAUCCGUCAGCCGAACGGCCGGAUUCAGCUAAUGUGUAAGGGCGCCGACACGGUCAUCUACGAGAGACUGGGCGACCCGCGCUACAAGGACGACACUCUCUCUCACCUGGCUGAGUUCGCCAGCGAGGGCCUGCGUACGCUGUGUCUGGCCGUGGCGGACAUCCCCGAACAGGAGUACAAGGAGUGGCAGGAGACCUACCACAAGGCGUCCACGGCCAUUCAGUGCCGCGAGGAGAAGGUCGAGGACGCCGCCCGGCUGAUCGAGACCAACCUGGUACUGCUGGGAGCCACCGCCAUCGAGGACAAACUCCAGGACAAGGUCCCGGAGACGAUAGAGGCCCUGCUGGCCGCCGAUAUUCACGUCUGGGUGCUGACCGGAGACAAGCAGGAGACGGCCAUCAACAUCGGCCACUCGUCGCGCCUGCUGCACUCCAAGAUGCCGCUGCUCAUACUGAACGAGGACGGCCUGGACCGGACGCGCGCUAUGGUGACGGAGCGUCUGAACGAGAUGCGUGACCACCGCGAGGAGGCUGGUCAGGUGGCGCUCAUCAUUGACGGCCGCACGCUGCAGUACGCGCUGACACACGAGCUGCGCUCCGAGUUCAUGGAGCUGUGCCUGGGCUGCCGCAGCGUGGUCUGCUGCCGCGUCAGUCCCGGACAAAAGGCAGAGGUAGCGGAGCUGGUCACCCAGCACACGGGCGCCGUCACGCUGGCCAUCGGAGACGGCGCCAACGACGUGGCCAUGAUCCAGGCGGCGCACGUGGGGGUCGGGGUGGCCGGCCUGGAGGGUCUGCAGGCCGCGCACAGCUCCGACUACGCCAUCGGCCAGUUCCGCUUCCUGGCGCGGCUGCUGUUCGUGCACGGCGCGUGGAACUACAGCCGGCUGACCCAGGUGGUGCUGUACAGCUUCUACAAGAACAUCUGUCUGUACGUGAUGGAGCUGUGGUACGCCAUCUACUCGGGCUGGUCCGGACAGGUGGUCUUCGAGCGCUGGACCAUCGCCGCCUAUAACCUGCUGUUCACCUCGGUACCGCCGCUCAUCAUGGGCUUCAUCGACCGGUCCUGUUCGGCCGAGACGCGACUCAAGUACCCGCAACUGUACAAGACGUCACAGGAGGGACAGCUCUUCAGCACGAGGGUGUUUUGGCUGUGGAUCAUCAACUCGCUGGUGCACUCUGUGAUGCUGUUCUGGCUGUCGUACGGCACGAUGACCCAGGACGUGGCCUGGUCCAGCGGCAGAAACGCCGGCUACCUCAUGUUCGGCAACAUGGUCUACACGUAUGUGGUGGUGACUGUGUCACUGAAGGCCGGCCUGGAGAUGCAGGCCUGGACGUGUCUCACCCACCUGGCCAUCUGGGGCUCGAUCGGCGUGUGGUUCGCCUUCCUGCUCAUCUACUCGCACCUGCCGUUCGCGCACGACAUGAUCGGCCUGGACACCAUGGUGUUUACCAGCCCCGUCUUCUGGCUGGGACUGAUCAUGGUGCCUACCGCCACCAUCCUGCCGGACGUCAUCUUCAAGAGUAUCCGGAGCACGGUGCACAAGACGCUGACGGACGAGGUGCGCGAGAGCGAGAUCAAGGCGCGCGACCCUUCCAUCAUCAUGGACGUCAAGGAAAAUGUAGAGCUCAGUACGGUGUUCGAGGAGCAGCCGCGGCGCCAGAAGGUCAACGGCACCGCUCCGGCCGCGCUCACAGUGCACGACUCUUUCGAUGGAGCCGCUGGCAGCGGAGGACACUCGGACAGCGGACAGUCAGUGGACAGCGGAGAGCUCCUCUCCGCCGCCGGCGACGAGCGAAGUCCGCUUCUGGCCGAUCAGCCGGUUCCUCUACUAACGGAGCGCGCCCGGCUGCUGAGGAACGUCAAGAACGUGUUCCGGCGCACCACGACCCGGGUCGACCUCGAGGUGGAGCUCUCCCAUGGCUACGCCUUCUCUCAAGAAGAGGGCGGCGCCGUACCGCAGGCCGACAUCAUCCGAGCGUACGAUACCACGCGGCCAAAGCCCACUGGUAUGUGAGCAGCCCGGGCGGCUCGCCGCUGCGGUGGGGUCGUCGCUCGCCGCCGCCGCCCGAGUCGGUCUGACCGGGUACACAGCCCUCAGUCGGCCCGGCGGUCCGCGCGGCGGGCGACGCGCCCCCGUGGAGGCAGCGGCCGGCCCACCACCUAUCGGCCGCAGCUGUAUCUGUGGUGUCUGUGGCAGCCGGUGGGGGCAGCACAAUCGCCGGGCGGGCUCCGCGCCUGGGCCGUGGAGCGGGAGGAGCCGGAUUGCCUGACGCCGGGAGAGGCCGGGCCUGACGCCCGGAGAAGCCGGGUUGUGUGUGACGCCGGGAGAAGCCGGACUGUCUAUGGGGCUGAGAGGAGCCGGGUUAUCUGUGGGGCCGCGAGGUUCAAAGCAGCUGAAGCGCGAUCCAUGUUGACUAUUGUGAAUGGCUGUAUAACAUGUUACAUUGUCCGCCGGGUCGACGGAGACCUGGCGCGAUGGCUGUAUAAGUCUGUUACAGACGCCGUUUUACUUACGUACGCCGAAGCUAGUCAUGUGUUGCCGUUUAAGGGGGGGGGGAUGCGCACCAGAUUUACCCGGUUGUGUUUGAGCGUUUUAGGGCCACCCUUGCACGGGACUAGCUGGUACAAAUACGUUAUGAUCUCACGCCAUGUUACGUUGCUGUGACUGGGGGUUCGUUGCUGCGUUCGCGAGCUGUGUACCUAUGAGAUGUGUGCCAGGGAACGGCAGGUCACUGGAUGGUGGACCGGACGGCCUGGUACCCGGCGGGUACCGAGCCGUCGAAAGGCUAAUAUCCGUCAUUUUAUAUUGACACAAACCCGUAUCAUAUCUAUUUAGCAUCCUGCGCAACCACCGAAACUACUAGAUGCUCGUUUUUUUUUCGUGUGGACUAUCUCUCCGCCUUUAAUGAAGUCUGCCUCCCUUCCCUACAAUCUACAUACAGCCUGUCUCCGUUCCCUCUCACGGUCUUAACUCUCUGUGCAGUCUCUGAGCCAUUCCUUACAGUCUGCAUUGCCGGCCGUUUCUGAGGUCCGCCCGGCCCGGUCGGGGCGCCGCGCUGCGUUUUUGUUUGGCUGUUGAUCGCUCUGCGCGGCUGGGGGCGGCGGGGCUGGUCUGGUGCGCUGUGUGACUGUCUGCGACGGGCGCCGCGCGGCCCGCCCCGGUGUGCCGAGUUGUACCGUGUCUGUGACUGUGCCGCUGCUGUUUGUCGCCUGUGCCAGGCGAGAGUUGGAGGUGAGCGCCUUUCCUUCGCAAAUCUGUGUACUAAUACAUGUAUGUAUGUGUCAA